UGGCAUAAGCACAACAAAUGUCAUUUUUGGCUCAAAGACAAAAUUUUUGGUAAAAACAAAUUCUUGUACCUAAUUAUGAAAGCUGCCGGAACCACCGGUGGGGGUAAAAAACCUGAACAUUACCCGACCCGAUUAAUGUCAGUUAUCGGCGACGAAGACACUUGUGUAGGCUUCAUCAUAAGUGGAAUCGGAGAAAUAAGUAAAGACCGUGAAACCAAUUUUCUGGUAGUAGACGAUGACACUGAUCCUGCUCAAGUCGAGGAAUGUUUUAAACGAUUUAUAAAAAGAAAAGACAUUGCUAUAAUUUUGAUAAACCAACACAUCGCCGAUAUGAUAAGAAGCACUGUGGAUGCCCAUAGUAAUCCAAUUCCUGCCGUUUUGGAAAUUCCUUCAAAGAAAAGUCUUUACAGUCCCGAAAAAGACUCGAUUUUGAAACGGGCAAGGCGGUUGGUGUCUCCAGACGACACGGGUUAAUAUUCGCUAAUAAAAAUUCUUUUUUUGAUUUGA